ACGCAGGCGGACCCAGGCGGACCCAGGCGGAUCGGCGGGUGUUGGGCACCGAGCGGCGGCUGGCUGCCGCAGUUCCCGCGGGUCCGUGAAGGAGGUCGGUGGCCGCAGCGGCGCGUCAGCUUUAAGAAAAGUAGAAAUCACUUCUGACUCUACCGAAUAGCAAGCAUUAAGCGAUUGCCUACACUGCCAAAUCAUGGCAUUACCGUUCCGGAAGGACUUGGAGAAGUACAAGGACCUUGAUGAAGAUGAGCUCCUUGGGAAUCUGUCCGAAGUGGAAUUGAAACAACUGGAAACUGUUCUGGAUGAUCUUGAUCCUGAGAAUGCCCUUCUGCCUGCAGGGUUUCGGCAGAAGAACCAGACGUCAAAGUCUGCCACGGGGCCGUUUGAUAGAGAACACCUCCUGUCAUAUCUAGAGAAGGAAGCACUGGAGCAUAAGGACAGGGAAGACUAUGUCCCCUACACUGGAGAAAAGAAAGGGAAAAUAUUUAUCCCCAAGCAGAAACCUGUACAGACUUUUGCAGAAGAAAACAUUUCUCUUGAUCCAGAACUAGAAGAAGCUUUGACAAGUGCUACUGAUACAGAAUUGUGUGACCUCGCAGCUAUUCUUGGGAUGCACAAUUUGAUAACAAAUGCACAGUUCUGUAAUGUCGUAGGAAGUAGUAAUGGUGUCGACCAAGAACAUUUUUCAAAUGUGGUAAAAGGUGAAAAGAUUCUUCCAGUAUUUGAUGAGCCACCAAAUCCAACCAAUGUUGAAGAAAGUUUAAGGAGAAUUAAAGAAAAUGAUGCUCGUCUUAUUGAAGUUAAUUUGAAUAAUAUAAAGAAUAUCCCAAUUCCAACCCUAAAAGAUUUUGCAAAGGCUUUGGAAACCAACACACAUGUGCAGUGUUUCAGUCUUGCAGCCACACGGAGCAACGACCCCGUUGCUGUUGCUUUUGCAGAAAUGCUGACGGUGAACAAAACUUUGAAGAGCUUAAAUAUGGAGUCCAACUUUAUUACAGGAACUGGCAUUCUGGCACUGAUUGAUGCUUUAAAAGAUAAUGAAACCCUGUCAGAGCUCAAGAUUGACAAUCAGAGGCAGCAGUUGGGGACAGCUGUAGAAUUGGAAAUGGCCAAGAUGCUAGAGGAAAAUACAAAUAUUCUUAAGUUUGGCUAUCAGUUUACACAGCAGGGACCCCGAACCAGGGCGGCUAAUGCUAUUACAAAAAACAAUGACUUAGUGCGCAAGAGACGAGUUGAAGGAGACCAUCAGUGAGUCCACCAGGGUGUGGUCCUGGAAGACUUCAGAAGAUCACCGGGGCUCACGUUGGUGACAGCUGGAGUAACAUUUUCCUGGGUAGAAGGGAAAAGACUGGAAAUACUUAUUUUUAAUUGCAUCUUUUUUUCCUAGUUUAAGUCGUUUUCAGUUUCAGAUUGUAAAAUCAGCAGUAGGUGGUAUUUUAUAUCUUGAAACAUUUCUACUUUCUAUUAAAAUAAUUAGCCUUAAUGAUUUAUAAUGAGUCUUAGGCAAAAAAUACUUGUACAGAUGUUUCAGAAACCAUUAAUGUACAAUAACGUUUUGAGGACCAAUCUUUUUUAAAUCAAAAAGGGACUUUGCCAAUGUCAAAAUUGCUUUUGCUCCCUUUGGGCAUAAAGCUUUCUUUAUUCCAUGGCCUGGAGACUUUUUUUUUUUUUUUUUUUUUUUUUUUUUUUUUUUUGACUACGUGAUCUUGGCAAUGGUGUGUUUUUUCCUUAUCAUGAAAAAAACACACCAGAAUUUUUAAAGACUGGUGACUCAAUCUGGUCGUCUGUGGAGGAGCCGAAUCAGAUCUCCAGGGAGAAAGCCGGGCCCUCUGUGCGCUCCAGGGAACUGCACUUGUCGCUGUGGCUUAGCACCCAGGUCUGCCUGAACGCCGUCAGCCUGUCCAGGUCAUGUACCUCGCUUAAAAGGAUAGCUGUGUCUAAGUUCAUCACAGGUUUUCAUUUUAAUAAUGUGGGCAUUAUUAAAUUUUUGUGGAAGCUAACAGUAAAAAAGCAUCUGUAUGAAAAAGCUGUUUUUCUUUUCCAUAAAAGGGCAUAUGACCAACUCUUAGUUUUUUAGGAUAAAAGGAAAAAAAAGCUGCUGUUAAACACAUGAAGUCAAAGGUAACAAGUAUGAUGAAGUUUAAAUCUGAGGAGCUUGCAAAAGCGUCAUUGGAACUGCUGGUCACUAAAUAGUGACGGGCAUGUAUAUAAAUUACUUGAUGUUACAUAGUAUAAACAAAAGGUCCUAGAUGCAGUCCAAAGUUACAUGAACAAUGUUUAAUCUCCACUACAAAUUUUCUAACAAAUAAAGAAAAUUGAUGUUCUCCAUAAUCUGACUUUUGAUACACAUUUCCUUUUAUAUUUGUCCAGAUCGUGUGUGUAAAAGUCAUUUCUAUAAGAAGAGUGCUCCAAGUAUUAAAGUGAACAAUGGAACAGUGUGCCACUGUGGGCUAGCCCCGAGUGAGACAGGGCCCUGUAGUCAUGCCCUAGGGCCAGCCCAUGGAGCAGAGCUGGCAGAGGCAUUCAUAGCUACCAAAAGAGGGAGGGAAGGAAUCCGGUAACGCUUGCCUCGAAAUUAAGAAGAAUUUACAGGGAGGUUUAAGUCUUAAGAAAUUAAAUUGCAAAGUGUCUGCUGCUUCAGCUUGGGUCAGAUAGUGUAUAUAAUGAAAUGGGCAGCUGCUUGCAUGCUAUGGUAAUAAGCCUUCUUAACAGGGUAACGCUUCCCUUAUAAGCCUUCCCUAAGUAAGGCUUCCAGAAAGAAUUGGUCGCUUUUACUUUCAACCAGGCCUUCUUAUUUGAAUAUCCUGUAAGUCAGGAAAUUGAUAAAUGGGGCCCCCUUCCUCCCAUAAUUUUUAAAGUAGUAGUAGUAGUUUAAGUAAGAGGGGCCCUACCUAGAAUUUUGCAUCAUACUUAUAGGCAGUAUCUUUUUCACUUAUUAUUUAUCAAAGUAUGAAGAAGUUGCAUAUUUUGCUUGUACCAUUCCAGUUCUGUGCUAGAAUAUAGUUUGCUGUAUAAUUGAAAAUAUUUCUUCAUAAGUAACUUUAAAUAUGGACAUUGGUUUAAUUGAAUAUAGAAAAUCAAGGAUUGUAACAGAAAAGUGGUGUUUACUUUGUUCUUUAAAAAUGUGGCACCUCGGGGCCAGGGAUGAGGCAUAGUGUUUUAAGCCUCCGCCUGCGGUGCUGGCAUCCCAUACGGGCGCUGGUUCGUAUCCUGGCUGCUCCUCUUCCAAUCCAGCUCUCUGUUUAUGGCCUUGUGAAGCAGUAGAAGAUGCCUCAAGUGCUUGGAACCCUGCACCCAUAUGGGAGACCCAGAAGAAGCUCCUGGCUUUGGAUCAGCCCACUCCAGCUGUUGAGGCCAUCUGGGGAGUGAAUCAGCGGAUGGAAGACUUUUCUCUCUGUCUCUCACUCUCCCUGUCUGUAACUCUACCUCUCAAAUAAAUGAAUAAAUCUUAAAAAAAAAAAGAAAGAAAAAUCUGUCACCACUUAGCUUUUUAGUAAAAACUUCAGUAUUUCUUAAUUGCUCUAAGAUUUUAUAAUGCAAUAAGUUUUUUAUGAUUUUGAAAUAAUCUGGAUUUUUAAGUCAAAGAUUUAAUGAGAUUUAAGUUUUAUAAUCUAACCCAUUUAAACUUACCUGGUUAUCUAAAAAUUCUUUGCAUUUUUAAAUUGCUAUUUUUAAAAAGGUUUUAAUUACCCAUUUCAUAAAAUUUUGUAUUUGGAGUUCUAAUUUUUUCCAGCAUGUGUACAUGAAAUUUUAUGUUAUAAUUACAUUAUUAGUGGCUAAUACAAUAAUACCAAAUGCAAUUUGGUGCUAUAUCCUUGCAGCUAAUGCCUCAUGGACACCUAAAAGAACAGGUGAAAAGAAUUUUCUAAGAGUGCCUGUCGUUAAAAAGACCAAGUAAACAUUUUGUAUUAAGUAAAUUAGCAGAUAAUAAGAAAUUUCAGAAAGAAUUAUCUUAGUCAUUAGAUUAUAAAUUCUUGUUAUCUAAAUGAAAUCGUCUGCAUGAUUAUUUUGUACAAGAGGCACACUCUGGAAAGAGGUUGUAUGUAAAUAGAACUUUGUAAAUUGUUUUCCACUUGACCAAUUAUCUGAUCUGUUUUCAUUUAAAAGGGGAAUUCAUGAUAUAAUAAAGAUUAUAAAAAAGUUUUGAUAAAAUAUUAUUUGUAUUCUAAUGUAUGCUAUAUUUAACCAUUGCCACCAUUAAAAUAAAAUGAAGGAGUUAAUGGAAUUUCUUAAAAUCUUACGUUUUCAGCUCUGUGCUCCCAGGGCUGUCUGACUUUUUGCCUAUAAAAUCAGGAACUCUUGUUACUUCCCAGCAGGUCUGAGGAUCAUGCUUUCUCUGCCGUCCUCUGCAGGAUCAGUACUGUCCAGCUUUGCCCCUUCAUUACAGCGCUACUCAGUUUUUGAAUAGUGUUGACUGGAGACAGGGUACCCAAGAGAAGGGAACACACAGUGUAUGAGAGAACUCUCCUGCUGCUGUCAGAUGAGGUGUGUGAGUUCUUCUCCAUCAGUUCUCAUUGAUCAUUAAUGUUUCUAGAUAUUUCUCACCCUAAGACUUGCUUACCAAACUAAUCAAAGAAAAUCUGUGCUAAUUAUUUUUAAAUUGAAGAAAAUAGUAUUGAUAGGCAUGUUUUAGUUUGUUCGUUCUGAUCCCAUAUUGAUUAUCCUCUCAUAAUUCUGUUCCAUAAAUUGUUUCCUAUAAAAAAUUAGACAAAUUGAAAAUUUAUAUAAUAAAACACAGUGUUUUGUUAAUUUUAAACUCCAUCUUGCUAUCUGAUUAUUCAAAGUGUUCUGGGGAUUACCUUGGAAAAAAGCCAUUACUUAAUAAACGAUUACAACCCUUUUCCAAGUAUUUUGGAAAACUCAUUUAAUGUGUAAAGAAUUUGACUUGGGACACUUGCUGUAGAGGCUAGGUAAGGAUAGGUUGUGGCAGGCAGGCCGUUGGCCUACUGGUGAAGAUGCCCCUUUGGACACCCAUAUCCCAUGUUGCAGUGCAUAGAUUUGAAUCCUGGCUGCACUCCCAGGUCCAACUUUCUGCUCACGCUCACCCUGGCAGACAACAGGUGGUGAGUUCACGUGAUUGGGUCCUCACCACCCACAUGGGAGACCUCGGUUGUGUUCCUUGGCUCUUGGCUUUGACCUGGUCCAGCCCUGGACAUUGUAGACAUCUGGGGAGUGAACAAGCAGAAGGGAGCUCUUUCUGUCUCCCUCUCAAAUAAAACAAAUUUUAAAAAUCUUUAAUAAAUUGUACCACUAAGAAACACCACUAGCCAUGUUUUGUUAACUGUUGUAACUUCAUAUUUGAUAAUCAGACAUCCUUAGAGUCUGCAUAAAUGGUUUUACUGUUUUUAAUCAUUGAGUUUUAAUUGAUGAAAAGCAGUUACUACUAGUUUAAACUUCCACCUCCACUCAAGUUUUUCUUUUCUUUUCUUUUUUUUUUUUCUUUUUUUUUUUGACAGGCAGAGUGGAUAGUGAGAGAGAGACAGAGAGAAAGGUCUUCCUUUUUGCUGUUGGUUCACCCUCCAAUGACCACCGCGGCCGGCACAUCGCGCUGAUCCGAAGCCAGGAGCCAGAUGCUUUUCCUGGUCUCCCAUGCGGGUGCAGGGCCCAAGCACUUGGGCCAUCCUCCACUGCCUUCCUGGGCCAUAGCAGAGAGCUGGCCUGGAAGAGGGGCAAUCGGGACAGAAUCCGGUGCCCCGACUGGGACUAGAACCCGGUGUGCCGGCGCCACAAGGCGGAGGAUUAGCCUGUUGAGCCACGGUGCCGGCCCCACUCAAGUUUUUCAUUCAGUUUCAAAUAUUUAGAUUUCUGUUUAAGAAUUGUUUUUUAAAAUAUACAUAGCAUAAAAAUCUUCAUAAUUUUAUAUUUUAAAAAAGAUUUAUUUGAAAGGCAGAGUUACAGAAAGAGAGGAAGAGACAGAGAAAGAAAUCUUCAAUCCCCUGUUUCACUUCCCAGUGGCCACAAUGGCUAGGGGUGGGCCAGGCCAAAGAACUCCCAUUUGAGUCUCCCAUGUGGUGGCAGGGGUCCAAGCACUUGGGCUAUCCGUUGUUUUCCCAGACACAUUAGCAGGGAGCUGGAACAGAAGUGGAGCAGCCGGGAUGCCAGCAUCACAGCCAGUGACUUAACCCACUAUGCCACAGUGAUGUCAGCUUCUUUGUAGCUUUAAGUAAACACCUACUUUUUUUUUCUUUUCCAGUCUUUGGGUGAAUUACAUUUAGUUUUGGUUAUGUUUAAAAGGCUGAACAUUGCCUGUAUAACCACGCAUUAGUCUUUGUCAUGUGAAGUUAGAUAUUUAAAUACUUUUUUCUAAUGCUAAAAUACUAUAAAUGAGUUAUUUUUCCAAUUUUUGAGUAUGAAACCAGUGAAUUUUAUAAUAUUGAUAUUUAAGUAGUACUAAAAACAUUGUCCACCCAGUUUAUAACCGCAUUGAAGUUUCUUUUGAAGAUCAUAUUCUAUGGGCAUGUAAAACUGAACCACCAUAUAAUGCAAUAAUUUCAAUAAAGUCAGUCACAUAUCCUGUA